GUGCAGCCCGGAAGCGAGGUUGGGGAGGUUGUGUGUGUGUUUCCGGUGGCUCCGGGUGGCUACUACCGGCAGCGGUGUAGACGCCGCUGUCAAACCUCCUCGGGAAUAUGUUCUACCACAUCUCCCUGGAGCACGAGAUCUUGCUGCACCCGCGCUAUUUCGGCCCCAACCUGCUCAACACGGUGAAGCAGAAGCUCUUCACCGAGGUGGAGGGGACCUGCACGGGGAAGUACGGCUUUGUAAUUGCUGUCACCACCAUUGACAAUAUUGGUGCUGGUGUGAUCCAGCCAGGCCGAGGCUUUGUCCUUUACCCUGUUAAGUACAAGGCCAUUGUGUUCCGGCCCUUUAAAGGGGAGGUCGUGGAUGCCGUUGUCACUCAGGUCAACAAGGUGGGGCUCUUCACAGAAAUUGGACCGAUGUCCUGCUUCAUCUCUCGACAUUCCAUCCCAUCAGAGAUGGAGUUUGAUCCUAACUCAAACCCACCAUGUUACAAGACAGUGGAUGAGGACAUUGUCAUUCAGCAGGAUGAUGAGAUCCGUUUGAAGAUUGUGGGAACCCGUGUGGACAAGAAUGACAUUUUUGCUAUUGGCUCCCUGAUGGAUGAUUACCUGGGACUUGUGAGCUGAGCACGGGGGCUUCCUACCUUGUUUGGUCGUGAUUCAGGAAGCGUGACUGUCACACAUUGUCCAGAGGCCCCGUCUGGCUGCUGUGGGGAAAGCAAGGAAGGUUUCUUGUGCCCAGAUGACAUCUGGCUCUACUUCUGGCUUAGCUGCCACUCCCAGAGUUUUGAUUUUGUUUCCUAACCAUAAAAGGUCUUCCGUUCUCAUGGAAGUGUUAUCUCCUUCUUUGUUAGGGGCAAUGACUCUUUUAAAAAAGCUGUGGGGCUAAAUGCUCCUUAGCUCCUUUUCCUUGACGUUAUGCCUCAACCAGCCUCAGCCACCCAGGGAUCUGACUAAGCCAUUUGCCAAGGUCAAAAGUUGACCUCACUGAAGGCAAGACACUAAUGUUGGGUCUUUGGCUUUCAAUCAGUGGUACCAUCAUUAGAGUCAUUCUGAGUCCUAAUCUAGUUGCAGAGUGUCCCCCGACCCUUAAAAAUAACCAAGAGCAUAACUGGGAAAGAGAAGAGGGGACGACAGGUAGAGAGGUGACAAGAGGAUAAUGACACAGAUUGUGGGGUCCCAACACAGCUAGGAUGGGUACAUAAACAAUAGAAUCCUUUAUUUGCUAAUUGAUCAUUGGUUGAUUCUAUUAUACUAAAUUGAAUUGAAGAUGUGAAAGGGCUCAUCUCUAGUUUCUCAACUCUAGUUAUGAGUAACAACAAAAAUAGACAUAAAAUGACUACAAGAUUAAGCAAACAUGCCCACCCUCUCUCACAGUAUGCCUUUGCAAUGCUAUUUGUCCACCUUGGAAUGCCCUUUCCCAACUUGUUUGCUGCUAAUCUAUCAAAUCUCAGCUCAGUUAUUCUUGUUUUGUAGCAUUCCCUGACUUUCUUGGGAAGCAGAGCUGUGUAGUAGAGAGCAUUGGAUUUGGAUUGAACCAGACCUGGGUUUCAGUCCUAGCUGGGUUACCUUACAUUUUCUUACUGUAAAAUAGGCAUAAAACCAUCCUUGGGUGGUUGCUGGGAGGAUCAGAUCAUAUAUGCAAGUGGGUAGCAUACAGCCUGGCACAUGAUAGGCACGCAACUGUUAAUUAUUAUUAUAAAAUGCCUAUAAAGCAGUGAUUCUCAACCAGGGUGAUUUCACCACCACCCCCUCCCCCCAACCCAGGGGACAUUUGGCAGUGUCUGGAAACAUUUUCGGUUGUCACAACUUGGAGGGCGGUGCUAAUAUCUUGUAG